UUGGGAGAGCGGUCGGAAUUCAACGAGGCUGUCCUUCGGGCGUUCGUAGAGUUGCACGAUUUCACGGAUUUAAUACUAGUACAAGCGCUAAGACAAUUCCUUUGGAGCUUUCGACUGCCGGGUGAAGCCCAGAAAAUCGACCGUAUGAUGGAAUGUUUCGCACAGCGGUACUGCCAACUAAACCCGGACAUAUUCACGAACGCGGACACUUGCUACGUUUUGAGCUUCGCUAUAAUAAUGCUCAAUACUUCAUUGCACAAUCCCAGUGUGAAGGAUAAGCCCUCACCAGAACAGUUCGUCGCGAUGAACCGCGGGAUCAACAAUGGCGGCGAUUUGCCUCAGGAGUUGCUCUUGUCAUUAUACGAGUCUAUAAAGACGGAGCCUUUCAAGAUACCCGAGGACGACGGAAAUGAUCUCAUGCAUACUUUCUUCAACCCAGACAAAGAGGGGUGGCUUUGGAAGCAAGGUGGAAGAUACAAGUCAUGGAAACGACGCUGGUUCAUUUUAAAUGAUAACUGCCUAUAUUACUUCGAAUAUACAACAGAUAAAGAGCCGAGAGGCAUCAUUCCACUAGAAAAUAUAUCUGUCCGUCCAGCAAGCGACCGACAACGACCGCACUGCCUUGAGUUGUACGCCAGUGGUGGGGCCGAUCUCAUCAAAGCUUGCAAAACUGACUCUGAGGGUAAAGUCGUCGAGGGAAAGCAUACUGUUUAUAGAAUGUCAGCUUCAACAGCCGAAGAGCGAGACGAAUGGAUCGAGUGUCUCCGUCGUUCAAUUAGUCACAAUCCGUUCUAUGACAUGUUAGCACAACGCAAGAAGAAGGCCCAACACAACAUACAUUCGAGCUCACACUAG